GCUGAGAAGUAAAAACCGCUGAACGGUCAUUUACAUGCUUUUCAACCAAAUCUCAUUAAUUGCUUCACUCAAAACUUUAAUUUGCUGGACUCUUCACUGCUAAAGAGUAAAAAAAAAUUCAUUUUAGUGUCAUUAAUGAUCUCAACAACCUUUCCACUUACCCUCCAUUUACUUAUAUAAAAAUCACCAAAUUUUCUUUCAAAUUAAGCUCAACACAAAUUAAACAAUGGCUUACACUUUCAUCAGUAUUAUUCUGUGUCAAUUCUUGUUACUAAUGACUACAACUUUGGCAGGAAAAGUUCCAGCAAUUAUAGUGUUUGGUGAUUCCUCUGUUGAUUCAGGCAAUAACAACCAGAUUUCCACUGUUUUAAAGAGCAAUUUUGAGCCGUACGGUCGUGAUUUUUACGGUAAAAAACCAACUGGGAGGUUUUGCAAUGGGCGAAUUCCGCCGGAUUUUAUAUCUGAGGGUUUUGGAUUGAGGCCAUUUGUUCCAGCUUAUUUGGAUCCGGCAUUUGAUAUAUCUGAUUUUGCUAUGGGCGUUUGCUUUGCUUCUGCUGGUACAGGGUAUGAUAAUGCCACUUCUGAUGUGCUUGAUGUGAUACCUUUGUGGAAGGAAGUGGAAUACUACAAGGAAUAUCAGAAAAAACUAAGAGCAUACGCAGGCAAAAAGAAAGCGAAAUACAUAAUAAAAGAGGCAUUAUAUUUAGUCAGUAUAGGAACAAAUGAUUUUUUAGAGAAUUACUACUCAAUGCAAAGCAGACGUGCAUCUCAAUACACAGAAGAUCAAUUUCAGAUUUUCCUUCUUCGACUUGCACAGAAUUUUGUAAAGCAAAUUUAUAAAAUGGGAGCAAGGAAAAUUUCCUUAACUGGACUUCCUCCAAUGGGGUGUUUGCCUUUGGAAAGAGCAACAAAUUAUAUAAGUGGAAAUGGAGAUGGAUGCAAUGAGAAAUAUAAUAAUGUGGCUAAGCAUUUUAAUGUGAUGUUGGGUGGUUUAGUUCAGAAACUAAACAAAGAGCUUCCUGGGAUUAGAGUGGUUUUUGCUGAUGCUUAUAAUCUCUUGCUACAUAUGAUCAGAAAACCUUCUUUUUAUGGGUUUGAAGUGGCAGGUGUAGCAUGUUGUGGCACAGGAUUAUUUGAAAUGGGUUAUUUGUGCGAUAGUUUAAACCCAUUGACAUGCACAGAUGCAAGCAAGUACGUAUUUUGGGAUGCUUUUCAUGUGACGGACAAAACAAACCACAUUAUCUCUAAUUUCUUGAUGAAACAUGUCUUUCACCAAUUUCAAUAGUUGCACUGUUGGAUCAUAUCAUGUGCAUUGUAGAUUUGGUAGGUCGACGCAUUCACUUGUUUUUACUGGUUUAUUUUAUUUUUGGCGCGUUUAUCGGAAAUAACGUCUUUGCCUUCACAAGGUCGAAGUAAGAACUGCAUACAUACUAUCCUUCUUAAACCUCAAUUAUAAGGUUUUAAUGGGUAAUAUAUUAUUGUUGUUGUUGUUGUGUACUCGAUUCUUGGGUGGAAGGUGCAAGAGCGUGGUACGAAGAAUUUGAAAAGAAAAUAUUUAUUGUACAUUUUUAUAGUCUCAAGGGUAUAUGACUAUCAGACUAGACAUGUAUACUUGUCGAUUUCUGUAAGGGAGUUCGAGAUCAAACACACUUAUUAUGGAAACUAGUUUUAUGGUA